CUGAGCUGUAUGAUAAGCCAUUUAAAUCGCAGACUCCAGACAAUUAUUCAUUGCUUACUUAUUUCUUGUUUCUCAAAAUCUGCAACUUAUUCUUUGUCUGAAAAACAUAUACAACAUUAACAAAAAAAAGAUGUUCAAUGUGCAAUGCUGACUGACAAUCGUCUUAAAAAGGAGAAGCAUUCCAAGAAACAUUGUUCAAUCAUUGAAGAUACACAUUUAUAGAAUAUCUAAUCGUACUUAUACAAUUGGAAACCCGUAAUAAUUUUAAGAAUUAUUGAAUUCCUUUUAAAAACUUUUUCCAGAUUUUAACACUGAACGUUCAAAAUAACUCCAAUUCCAGACUGCUUCACAAAAGACCACUUACAGAGCAACAAUUACUUAUGAGGAACUGCAACAUUUGAAUUCUUUACCGCACUAUUUGGUUAAAUUUCUAUAAUUUAAUCUUGUCUCCAAUCGGACUUAAUAUUAAUACAUCGUUUGAUCGAAUGUUGCACCGCUUCCUGUUGCCAUUAAAUAACGAUUAUUAUAAAAUUCAUGGAAGAAAAAGCUCUUCGAUUAAUAUUUAAGAAUUAAACCAAACUUUUAUAAUAUAUUAUGAUUAUUUUAUAAUAUAUAAUAUAUAUAAUAUAACCUAAGUAUUAAAAUGAAUCAUUAUACUUCUACAUAUAUAAUUAUAAUAUUAUUGCUUUUUUUGGUACAAAAGGUUUAAAGUGCUGUUUAGAGAUUUUUUUCUAACUGUAUAACUAAAUUCAGAUGCCUUUUAUAAGAUUGAAACUCUCGCAUUUCCUGCAAAAUGCUAUAUUUCAGAGGACUACGAGAAUAUGUAAUCCUCCGAAAGGAGUGUUUGCAUGUGUACAGUUUAAUUGUAUGAAGGUAAAAUUAUCUUAGAGGAAUGUGCUGACAUGAUUACUAUAAAAUUAUACCUUUUUAAACAGUGAACCUUAAAUGGUAAAAUAAUUUGAUCGCGAAAACUGUUACAGUGCUUUCUUCUUGAAGAUUCUUCAACGUUUAUGAGUAAUAAAUAAGAAUAUCAAGUCUUAAGAAUAUAUUGAAUCUUCUACAAAGAGUGCUUCUUCUAUUAAUUAUAAAAAUAUCUGGAAUCAUAUAUUAUGAGUAUAUAUUCUAUCAAGUCAUAAGAAUAACUUGAUAAGAAUAUUACUUUGAUAUAAAAAAUUUCAAUAAAAUUUUCUAAAAUAUUUUAACACAUUUUUCUUUUAAUUGUUUUUUUGUUUGUUUGUUCUUAUACUUGAUAGACCUGGCGUUGCUGGUUGUGCAUAAUGUUAUAGAUGUUAUGUCACGUAUAUCUCGGUAUAUAUAAUCCUUUCAUGUAUAAUAUAUAUUCUUGUAUAAAAUAUUAUAAUGCACAAAACCCAUUUAUCGUAUGCAACAUUUUUAAUUAAAAUCAGAAUAUCAACUGUACCAGACAGUGUUCUUUAUUUCAUAAUAAAUGUGAAAAAAUCCAGUUAGCUGUUGAGAAAGAGAAUUCAACCCAAUUCAGAGGAGGUAUUGAUCGAAAAUACUCAGAGGAGAAAGCAGACGAAGAUGUCAGAAACUCAAGAAGAUGCAAGAAUCCAGUACGUGAGAGGAUUUCCCUUCUCCAAGGCUCCUUUCUACACGAAAGAGAACCUGGAAGGCACUCUUGACUAUGUGCCUCACGAUGGUGACAUCGUCAUUGUCUCCUACCCUAAGACGGGAACCAGGUGGCUGGAGUACAUAGUCCUACAAAUUCUGAGCAAAGCGGAGAUGUUCCCCGACUUCAACGACGCGCUCCUGAAAUACGUUCCUUUCAUGGAACUUGUGGGACCCAAGGUCAUCGACCAGAUGGAAAGUUACAGGGUGUAUAGAACUCACCUGCCGUUCAACAGAAUGAAUAAGAAUCCAAAAGCUAAGUACUUGUAUAUCUACAGAAACCCCGAAGACCAGUUCAUUAGUUACUACAAAUUCGUACAGAAAAUUCGACCCGUUCACGUCGAUUACAAUGACUUCCUGGAUGGAUAUUUGAUCGGGAGGAUCGAAUACGCUCGUUAUUUCGAACACAUUCUAUCGUUCCUCGAGCACAAAAACGACGAAAAUCUAUUGUUAAUUUCUUAUGAGAAGCUAUACACUGAUAGAAGAAACAUGAUUUUGAAGAUAGCAAAAUUUCUUGCAGAGGAGUACUUCCAAAAUUUAUCGAAUGAUGAGAAGUUAUUAGAUAGAGUGAUAGAACAUACCAAUUUCGAUUACAUGCAGAAAAACCUUCCAUUCGAACAUCCGUUUUAUAAGAAAGAAGUGGCUGCAUCUAAAAAAUCAAACGACUCCUUUUUCAGGAAGGGGGUCAUAGGCGACGGGAAAAAUUCGUUGCCAGCUGAAGACGUAAAAAGGAUUCGAGAAUUAGCCCAGAAAUUAAUGAAUGGGACUGAAGUUCUAAAGGAAUGGUCCGCUUUAUGGAACUGAGCUGUAUGAUAAGCCAUUUAAAUCGCAGACUCCAGACAAUUAUUCAUUGCUUACUUAUUUCUUGUUUCUCAAAAUCUGCAACUUAUUCUUUGUCUGAAAAACAUAUACAACAUUAACAAAAAAAGAUGUUCAAUGUGCAACACUGACUGAUGAUCGUCUUAAAAAUUAGAAGUAUUCCAAGAAACAUUGUUCAAUCAUUGAAGAUACACAUUUAUAGAAUAACUCGACGUACUUAUACAAUUGGAAACCCGUAAUAAUUUUAAGAAUUAUUGAAUUCCUUUCAAAAACAUUUUCCAGAUUUUAAAACUGGCCGUUCAAAAUAACUCCAAUUCCAGACUGCUUCACAAAAGACCACUUACAGAGCAACAAUUACUUAUGAGGAACUGCAACAUUUGAAUUCUUUACCGCACUAUUUGGUUAAAUUUCUAUAAUUUAAUCUUGUCUCCAAUCGGACUUAAUAUUAAUACAUCGUUUGAUCCAAUGUUGCACCGUUUCCUGUUGCAUUAAAUAACGAUUAUUUUAAAAGUCUUGGAAGAAAAAGCUCUUAGAAUUAAUAUUUAAGAAUUAAACAAAACUUUUGUAAUUUAUUAUAAUUAUUAAUAUAAUAUAAUAUAUUCAAAUAUAUUAUAUCAUAGUAUAAUAUAUUUUAUAACAUAUAAUAUAUAUAAUAUAACCUAAGUAUUAAAAUAAAUCAUUAUAUUUCGACAGAUAUAAUCAUAAUAUUAUUACUUUUUUUGGUACAAAAGGUUUAAAGUGCUGUUGAGAUUUUUAUUUCUAACUCUAUGACUAAAUUCAGAUAGCUUUUAUAAGAUUAAAACUCUCGCAUUUCCUCCAAAAUGCCAUAUUUUAGAAGACUACGAGAAUAUGUAAAAAUCCGAAAGGAGUGUUUGCAUGUGUACAGUUUAAUUGUAUGAAAAUAAAAUUAUCUUAGAGGAAUGUGCUGACAUGAUUACUAUAAAAUUAUACCUUUUUAAACAGUGAACCUUAAGUGGUAAAAUAAUUUGAUAGCGAAAACUCUUACAGUGCUAUCUUCUUGAAGAUUAUUCAAAAAAAAUAAGAAUAUCAAGUCUUAAGAAUAUAUUGAAUCUUCUACAAUGAGUGCUUCUUCUAUUAAUUAUAAAAAUAUCUGGAAUCAUAUAUUAUGAUUAUAUAUUCUAUCAAGUCUUAAAAAUAUUACUUCGAUAUAAAAAAAAUUUCAAUAAAAUUUUCUGAAAUAUUUUAACAAAUUUUUCUUUAAUUGUUUUUUUGUUCUUAUACUUGAUAGACCUGGCGUUGCUGGGUGUGCAUAACGUUAUAGAUGUUAUGUCGCGUAUAUCUCGGUAUAUAUAAUCCUUUCAUGUAUAAUAUAUACUCUUCUAUAAAAUUUUAUAAUGCACAAAAUCCAUUUAUU